AUGGAAGGCGUUGACCCGGAACGUGAACAAGCCCUCGAAGAUUACAAGAAGAGCCUCCUAGAGUCAAGAGAAUGGGAAGCCAAACUGAAGGAUCUCCGGCUAGGCAUAAAAGACCUGCAAAGGGAGUUUGACACGACGGAGGACAAUAUCAAGGCGCUACAGAGUGUUGGCCAGAUCAUCGGGGAGGUGCUGAAGCAGUUAGAUGAGGAAAGAUUCAUCGUUAAAGCCUCAUCAGGACCCCGAUACGUCGUCGGUUGCCGCUCAAAAGUCGACAAAGCCAAGCUCAAACAAGGGACCCGCGUUGCCCUCGACAUGACCACCCUCACAAUCAUGCGCAUGCUACCACGCGAAGUCGAUCCUCUUGUCUACAACAUGUCCCUUGAAGAUCCAGGGCAGGUCAGCUUUGCCGGCAUCGGCGGUCUGAACGACCAGAUCCGAGAACUGAGAGAGGUCAUUGAGUUGCCGCUGAAGAACCCAGAGCUGUUUUUGCGUGUGGGUAUAAAACCUCCCAAAGGCGUGCUUCUGUACGGGCCACCGGGGACUGGGAAGACACUAUUGGCACGAGCUGUUGCAAGUUCACUAGAAACGAAUUUCUUAAAAGUUGUCUCCUCAGCUAUCGUAGACAAAUACAUCGGCGAAUCCGCCCGCCUAAUCCGCGAGAUGUUCGGCUAUGCCAAGGAACACGAACCCUGCAUCAUCUUCAUGGAUGAAAUCGACGCCAUCGGCGGCCGCCGCUUUUCAGAAGGAACCUCCGCCGAUCGCGAAAUCCAACGUACGCUCAUGGAGCUCCUCAACCAACUCGACGGCUUUGAUUACCUGGGUAAGACCAAAAUCAUCAUGGCGACCAACCGGCCUGAUACCCUUGACCCGGCGCUGCUACGCGCUGGGCGGCUGGAUCGGAAGAUUGAGAUCCCGUUGCCAAAUGAAGUGGGCCGGUUGGAGAUUCUGAAGAUUCAUGCGAGUGGGGUUGCGAUUGAGGGGGAGAUUGAUUUUGAGAGUAUCGUGAAGAUGAGUGAUGGGUUGAACGGGGCAGAUUUGAGGAAUGUAGUUACGGAAGCUGGGCUGUUCGCCAUCAAGGACUACCGGGAUACAGUGAACCAGGACGAUUUUAACAAGGCUGUCCGCAAGGUUGCGGAGUCUAAGAAGUUGGAGGGUAGGCUGGAGUAUCAGAAGUUGUAG